UGUACUGUCCUGACAUUUGGGGGGAUUUGUACCGUCCUGACAUUUGGGGGGAUUUGUACUGUCCUGACAUUUGGGGGGAUUUGUACUGUCCUGACAUUUGGGGGUAUUUGUACCGUCCUGACAUUUGGGGGGAUUUGUACUCUCCUGACAUUUGGGGGAUAUCUGUCCUGUCCUGACAUUUGGGGGGAUUUGUACCGUCCUGACAUUUGGGGGGAUAUCUGUCCUGCUCUGACAUUUGGG